CCCUGCCUUGCAUGCUGCCCCAUUAUUCGUCAAUCUUUCUAUGGUCCCUCUGAUGCUGGGUUCCUCAGUUGCUGCAGCAUCUGCCCCGAUGUUCAUUUGUUUUACUGUCGCCCCUCUGAUGUUGGGCCCUCAGUUGCCACUACAACAGCAACAGCGUCUACAUGCCACAGCGGUCAGUAUUGUACAAUCCCUUAUUUGUAGAUGGUGCCGAAAGCCUGGAUGGUCUGGCGUCGUCGAGGUGCUAGACCAUCAGAUGGUCCGGCGUCGUCGAGGUACGCCAGACCAUCAGAUGGUCCCUCUGAUGCUGUGGCCUCAAUUGCUGCAGCAUCUGCCCCAAUGUUCAUUAGUGUUGAUGUGGCCCCUCUGAUGCUGGGUCCCUCUGUUGGGUCCUUGUUGUUGCUGCCCCUCCCGAUGUGUUAUGCAGCUGCGUGCUCCUCAGGGCUCUCUACGCCAAAGGUUGUUGGAAGGGCGGUCACGUUCCAAGAGAAGUACUGGGCAAUCGAUUGGCACCUCGGUAUGAAAGUCCCCUGUUGUGGCCCAGUUAUUCUUUUGCGGGAUGAGAGUGGUGGUUACUACCCGUGCGGGGGUAUCAAGACUUACUCAUUUGAUAAGAACAUGCCUGACGAGGAGUAUAUGAGAUUCCAUCUUACGACGUGUUUCGACAUCGACGGUCACGAGGUGCCUGACAACUACAAGCUCGUGUCUCUCCGCGCCGAGAAGUUCCAAGGUUACGGCAUCCGAGCUGCAUCAAUGCCUCCGUUCGACAAGUCCAAGAAGAAGGAUGCGUCGCAGAUGGUGAUGCUCAGGCCGUUCGAGUUCCUCAAGCGCGUUAAUUGCUAUAAGGUGUCGAACCAUAUCAUGACGAUUGACAACAACCUGCAGUUGUCAAAUCCCUUCGUGCCCUUCCAUUGUGAUCUUGAAGACUUCGCAGACAUGGCGGUGGGCAAGAGUUGUGGGGAGCCGAAAACAUCCGCCUGUAUGAGCAAAAGUGGGGCCGCAUCGACACAGGCAAAGAGCGUGAGCAAAUCAGCUUCUCUGCUCCAGCCGAAGGAUGUGUCUGCGACGCAGGCGCCAUCGCAUGCAGAAUAUGCGGCACGCGUUUCUUUGACUCCGCCUGGUGGGGCCACUGACCAUGAGGAUGACGACGAAAACCCUGAGGAGGACUCGCGCUUCUUCAACUCAGACGAUGGGCGGUGGCCCGAUGGCAAUGCUGCGAAAGACACGGAAGGGGACGAAGACGAACAGCGGUUCCGCGACGGUGCACACGAUGAAGAGGGAAGCUUGGAGGAUGGCUUCGCCGGAGGCGAUGGUAGUGAACGCCAAGAGGAUGGUGGGCACGAAGACGAUGGGAGUGAAGAAGAAAAAAAUGAGGAUGCAAGUGACGAGGAGGCCGCAGAACGGGAGGACAGCUACGAAGGGGGGGGUGAAGGAGAUGAGGGUGGGGUGGACGACGACGACGACGGGAAUAGAGGGUCGCAGAAAAGGCGGGAACAGUCUUCCCGUGCCACUAGUCAUGAUGGUCCGGCAGAAGAUGACGAUGUGUUGCAUGGCACACAAAGGUCUGUGUGCAUGCGCAAGAGAAAAAUGAGAUGUGGGAAUGCAGAGGAAGAGAAGCGGAGACAAGCUAAGCUCAUCAGCCUACACGCCUCAAAGGAGGCUUACAAGAGAUCCUUAGAGGCGCAAUCCGCUAAACCAGCAAAGCAAAAACGUGAACGCACUCGAUCUUCCCAGAGGCCGAAGAAGAAAGCAAAGGCCGAUGAGACAAAGGAAAUGGCGGACACUGGGGACGAAGCGGCGGGGGUCGACCCGAGACAUACAGCGUCAAAGCCUGGAGAGUUGACCAACGACACUAUCGACACCACGAAAUAUUUUUUCCUGGAAUACGACGGGGACGGCAAUGCGAUAGAUCGGCCUACCCAAGUGUUCGGCGAUUUCACAUCAAGGGAGAAGGAGAUGGCCCUCGAGAAAAUACUUGCGGGACACGUUGUCGUCACGAGCGGAAUGGCAUUUGUGAAAAAACUGAUGAACAUGAAAAACCUGUACGUGGAGGUGCGAAGGGAGAGAUAUAUGGUUCGCAUGUUUAACUAUGUCCUCUUCAAGAUAGAGCAGAGGUCGGAGGGGGAAUGGAAUGACAAAUUCUUCAUUGACUACGAUACCAUAAUGAGGCGGUUUGCACCACGAGGGUUGACGAUAGAGAAAUGGGAAGAAACCAAGUCCAACAUCGUAGCAAAGAAGACUAUCGAUGUCCCGAAACGAUUGGGCGGCGUAGAUGAGGCAAGACUAGGAAAAGGAAAUGUCGGGGGGUACAAGGUGACGACUGCAAUAUAUAUGGAGUGUCCGUACUUCCUCAAACUUUUCGUGCAUGAGAUUCUUGGUGCAGUUGAGCAAUUGAGGGACGAGUUGAGACGGAUCAGCUCAAAUGCUCAACACAUAAUGUGGGACAAGCGCAAAGAUCACACGACGUAUCUUCCUGUCUGCAUCACACCUAUGGAUGCACUGCACCCGGCAGAAGAUUUGACUCGUGUCGUGAGAAAGCUGAGUUGUCACCUUGCAGUAUUGGACUUGGCUCCGUUGAAGAAUCUCGACGCAUGGAGCGAGCAAAGGUUUCACGAGCUCCGCCAAAUGAUGACGGUGUUGUGCGGGUCGCAUUGGGCGCUAAUCAUAUUCAGCGCAUUGAAAGUCGAGGAAACGGUGUUGAGGAACGUCUUCAGUCAAGGCCUUGAGGGACACACAAGUGCAAGGAAGAAGAUCGAUUCAGCAGCAGCAGGAGGUGGUGGCGAGAGUGUGGCAGACAAGGAAGGGCAUCUCAGGAUGCAAAACGCAAUGGGAGAUGAGUUCAGUGAGCGGCCAUCGAGCACACCGCAACCAACACUUGGACCGUCGGAAGGCAUCAGUGCAGUGGGAGCCAGAAGUGAGACAACACCAACAGCAGGCGGGGAAGUUAUUGGCGAUGACGGGAAGGACAAAAAGAUUGAAGAGGACCAGCGACAAAAAGCAUCAGACGAAGAAGGGCCAAAAUUUCAGGCACAUGAGGUAAUGAAGGUAGUGGCAGGGAAUGUCGAUUCGCAUUCCAAGCAGUCGCAAGGAACACACGAUACGACUGUCAUCACUGCACAGGCGCAAGGCACCGAUGAAGACACAAGGGAGCAAAGUGCACAUGAGAAAGAUGGGGGGGAAGGACCAAUGCUUAUGGAAUGCACUGGUCAAGGAACGCAAAUAGUUUCGGAGUCAACCGUGGGAGAAAGGAGAGCUGACGUGGAGGGUGUAAGUGGGGCAGAGCAUGAAAAGGUUCCAAGCACGGUGUCGGUGCGAAUACCCUCACAAGGGUAUCCGCCCUGUUUUUUUGUAAGCGACAGAUAUAGCUGGUUCAAAGUUAAGUAUACCGCGCUAGGCGCGGCCGCGUUCGUAAAUUACGUUGACUGGAUGGUUGACUAGAGUAAAGACUACGAGGGCGC